UGUUCUGACUGCUUGGAAUUGUAAACUUUAUACUCUUUUUGAAAUUAGCAUCAUGUCUGGACGUGGAAAGCAAGGAGGCAAGGCUCGUGCCAAGGCCAAGACUCGCUCGUCCCGUGCCGGGCUCCAGUUCCCCGUGGGCCGUGUGCAUCGUCUUCUGCGCAAAGGGAACUACGCAGAGCGCGUCGGAGCCGGAGCGCCCGUCUACUUGGCUGCUGUUCUGGAGUACCUGACCGCUGAGAUCCUGGAGUUGGCUGGCAACGCUGCCCGGGACAACAAGAAGACCAGGAUCAUCCCUCGCCACUUGCAACUCGCCAUCCGCAACGACGAGGAGCUGAAUAAGCUGCUGGGCAAAGUCACUAUCGCUCAAGGAGGCGUCCUCCCCAACAUCCAGGCUGUGCUGUUGCCCAAGAAAACCGAGAGCCACAAGGCCAAAGGAAAAUAGAUUGCGUUUCAUCGGAACUACAGAAAAAACCCACAA